CAUUUUGAUACGUCAAAGCAGCCAAUCACCUUCGGCAACUAUAUAUGUGAGAGAGAGACAGAAAGACAAGACAGACAGAGAAGCUGUGAUUGGAACAGAGAUGCAUUGUUGCGGAUAAAAAAGAAUAGAGAUUGAGAGUUGACUCGGAUAUAAAACCCAUAACGAAAGGCAUAUCAAACGCGUAUAGCCCCACCCGUGCCGUAUGGAGAGACAUUAAAAUUGCCUACCGUUUCUUUCACGCGGACUUUGUCCAUGACACGAAGAAAAUCCAAAUGCCGAGCACCCAUUUUCCAAGCGCAUUGAAAUCGUCGUCCAAGACUCCAAUGAAAAACUUGGAAGUUUGAAGACUUCCUGCCCCACCAUUUAUUGGGAUCCAAAGUUUUCCCUUCUGAAUUUCCAAUGGCUAUCGCUUUUAAUCUUUUAUCCAAAUGCAUAUUUUCAUUGCAUCUUUUGUUACGCAUGAGCCCUUGAAUAUUGAAACUACUAUUAUCACCACUAUUCCCAUCUUCUGCAACACCACCUUUAAUCUAACAAAAACCAAACCACCACCAUCACGUAUCUAAACCAUUCUGUGCAAUGUCUACACCAGCAGAAUACUAUCGAUCUCUUCCACCUGUGUGCAAGACCUAUGGAGUGGCCUGCUUGAUGACCACAUCAGCAUUCUAUCUGGGACUUUUCGAAUAUUACAGCAUAUCAUUGGAUUAUGGUCUCGUACUAAAACAUUUUCAGGUUUGGAGGCUUAUCACGAAUUUCUUCUUUCUUGGGCCAUUUUCGUUUCCCUUUGCAUUUCUGCUGAUAAUAAUAGCGAAAUAUGGUGUUGCACUCGAGAGAGGGCCCUUCGACAAGAGAACAGCAGACUUUGUAUGGAUGCUGAUCUUCGGAGCGCUAUCACUUCUUGUGAUGGCUGCUGUUCCAUUUCUGUCGUCUCCUUUCUUUGGAGGUUCCGUAGUAUUUAUGAUGGUCUAUGUCUGGGGCCGUGAGUUCCCCAACGCGCGCAUAAGCAUCUAUGGUGUUGUUACAUUAAAGGGAUUCUAUCUUCCAUGGGCAAUGCUAGCACUGGACUUGAUAUUCGGAAAUCCUUUGAUGCCAGACAUGCUAGGGAUAGCUGCGGGACAUUUGCAUUACUUCCUAACAGUGCUUCAUCCUCUUUCCGGGGGGAAGUUCAUCUUGAAGACUCCUCUUUGGGUUCACAAACUAGUUGCAUUUUGGGGUGAGGGAACACAAAUAAAUUCCCCAGUGCAGCGUGAUCCCUCAACCAGUGUUGCAUUUCGGGGAAGAAGCUACCGUCUAAAUGGAUCUCGAACAAGCAGAUCAAACAGUACUCCUGCUACAAAUCAGGCAGGCGCAGAUAGCUCUGCACAGCAACCGGCCGACCGAGGCGAUGGAUCAGUUGCUUUCCGAGGCAAAAGCUAUCGUCUCAAUGGCCGUUAGAUGUAAUCAAUCUUCGUUGGUCAUUCACAAAACCAAAUCCUGAAAUUGCGUUUGUGUUUGGGAGGAUGCAUUUCUUUAUGAUAUAUUUUAGUUUCUUAACAUUAAUGAGAACUUAUAUCUCAUUGUAUUAGUGCCACGACAAAAGGGAGAAAGAGAACUUGUAUCACUCUACCUACACAUGAUUCGCUUAACUUAUCAUAAAAUGACAUGUCGUAGAAUUCGUAACGUUUAUAUAAAUAAUUUUAAUGACAUGUUAUUUUUUAA